UGUGGGGCUCUAACUCACAAGCCAUGAGAUCAUGACCUGAGCUGAAGUUGGACUCUUAACUGACUGAACCACCCAGGCGCCCCUUGCCACCUGAUUUUGACAACUACUAGCUGAAAUACCAAAGAGAUGCUGAGAGAGUACAUAUCCUGGGGCAGGCAUCAUUGACUUUCAUCAUUUUCUGUUGAAUUCCUACUAUGAUACAUGAGGAUUUCACUUAAGUAAUAUCUGCCUUUUCCUACCUUCCAAGUUUGAAAGUUUUAAUAUUAUUUAAAAAUUUCCUAUGGCAUAUUUUUGUAGCUUCCAUAAUAUUCUUAAAAUUUUGAUAGAAUGACCUGCUUUUCAGUAGUGUAAGAGGAGAUUAUUUUUUUCUCAACUUCUGUUAGUUCAGUCUUUAUUCUUAAAUUGGCAGGGUUGAAUGUUUCCAUUUUAUUCUGUAGUCAUACUUAAAUCUUAGUAUUUCAGAGACUUAACAAAAUUAGUCUAAAGUUGGUUUAAAAACCAAUAGGAGUUUUUACAUUAUUAUGCAAAUAGUAAAUACUGUUUAUAGCCGCGCCUAGUACCGUGCUGUGAUUACUUUUUCUCCUUUUAGUCCAAUGUCAUGUGUAUUUUUCCUUUUCCACUUGACAGGCAAAUGUUCCCAUCAGCAGUGUCAACUGGACUGGCAAUUUUUGGUACUGUAUAAAUUAAUUCAAAUCGUGCCACACUUCAGUUUGCUUAUGAUCUUUAGGUUGGAGUCCCUUCAAAUGCCAGAAAGCAGUGGAGACUUGCUAUAGGUGCCAGCACCCAUACUAGCAGGCAUCAGUUUUGAAAGGCAAGGACUCCAAAGCUUCUGAAAGAAUGGUUGAAGUUGCUGGUCAUCCGGUUGGCCUUUUUAAUGAUCAAUUACUGACCACAGUAGUGAAGACUCACUUUCAAGAUAUUAAGAAUAAAGGCGGAGUUGUUGAACAUGUGAUAUAUCCAACAAGAAUCAGGGGCAGGGGAGUUGCAAAUGUGACAUUCAAAGAGAAAAAAGGUGCAAAGAAUGUCAGCAGAAAACAGAAACACUGUCAGGCAGAAAAGGUUGGAGCUGCUCAAUUUACAGUCUCCCAUUUUGGUGAAAAGGUCUUCAGCUCUGUAAAAGCUAUCCUCGAUCUUUCUGUUUUUCGGAGUCAAGUCAUUCUAGAAAGUCUGGUAACGGACCUGACAAGGAAAAUCCCAACUUUAUCCUUCAGUCCUCUGGAACCCAAUGGAAGAGUCUCUGUGCAAGGGUCAUUUCUGGAUAUCCUGAGGCUUAAAGAAAUUUUGCGAUUAAAAGCAAGUUCUCUUUUAGAAAAAAAUAGGAAUUUUAUCAGUGAGGAGAAGUGGAACAGCCAGGGCCCCAAAAGGGAUCUCCAGAGAGGCAGUAACUCCUCAGAGUCACCCGGGUCCUCAGUACCUGAGACCACUAGGAGCGGAGAAACACUUGUUCUCGAUACAGAUGUAUUCCUUUAUCUGAAAAAGAGCAGAUUUUAUGAAAGCACAUUGAAAAAAUGUCAUGUUUUCUGUCAAGAGAGAGUGGAUGGUGAAAUCACCACAAUCUGUAUAAGAAAUGCUCAACAAUGUUCUCACCCAAACAAUGCAAAGCUUGUGAAAGCACUUAUUGAGGAAUAUUCACUUGCUCUUCACUUUGAGCUUAAAAAAGAGACACUUCUUUUGAAAGGAAAGGAGAAUAGAGAUAAAAGAAGGAUUAAGUCGGCCUGUGAACAAGUAAGUUUGAGGUACCCUAAGGUUCUGAUUAAUUUUUAUGAGACGCACAUUGAUAUUAUAGGAUCUUCUUCUGACACAUACUUGCUUAAAAAAGAGAUCAUGAAAUUAAUAAGGCUAAAAAGUUAGGUAAUAAAAUCUCAGCAAUAGUGAUAGUGGCAGUCACUCUCCCUUACUGAGCAGAGGCGAUGCUGUGUAUGAUGCUAGCUUUACACACAUUAGUCAUUUAAUCCUUACAACCAUCCUUCAUUGUAGGCAUUGCUAUCCUCGUGUUCUAGGGGAAGAACCUAGAAUUUGGAGAAGUUAAAACAUUUGUCCGGAGUUAUCGAGCAGGCAAAGAAUGGGGUUAAACUUGGCCUAUCUGACUACAAAGAUAAUAUCUAAGUCUUAAAACUUUGAAAAAAAAAUCUCAUUAAACUUUGAAGAAAUCUCACUUUCCCUGCAACCCCAAAUUCUUAGAAUGUAUCUUGCUCAUCUCAAAGUUAAACAAAUGUGAUUGUGAUGAUGUGAACUGUUUAGAUCAAAAGAAAAUCACAAGACAAA